AUGUCAUUGAGAAUUAUUUCAAGUAUUGCCAUUGUCCUAUUUUGUUAUUGUGUUCGGGUACAAUGUCAGGAGAAAUUCUUAACCGAUCCGCCAGAUUACAUCAAGUCAUGCAAGAUUGCGGCUAAGGACUUUGUUAAUUGUUCGACGGAAAGUAUACAAAAGCUGUUCGACAAACUGAAUGAUGGCAUUCCCGGUCUGGAUAGCAUCAAAAGCUUCGACCCCUUCCUGCUGAAUCGCAUUAAAAUCACCCAGGGCAAUAGUAAUGCCAUUAAUCUCAAAGUGGAAUUGGCCAAUGUACAGAUUAUAGGGUUCGGUCACACUCAUGUGCUGGAGAGUAUUGUUUAUCCCAAGGACUAUAGCUGGAAGACCACAUUUGUAUUGCCCGUCAUGAAGCUGAAGGGUGAUUAUAGCCUGUUUGGGCGGAUUCUGCUGAUACCGCUUAAUGGUAGGGGUGAGGUGUUUCUGGAUGCAGAAAACAUGACAGUGGUAAUGCGUACAAAGACCAAAUUAUAUUCCAAAGGCGGCUUCACAUUCUAUAAUGUCACAAAUACCGAUGUCGAUUUCAAAUUGGAGGGCCUGAAAUCGUAUUUCUCGAAUUUGUUUAAUGGGCAAAAGCAAUUGGAGGACAGUACAAAUAAAUUCUUCAAUGACAAUUGGCGCAUGUUAACCGAUGCCCUCUACACGGUGAUUACACAAACCAUCGAAGAUAUUCUCUUGGAUGUUCUGCGGAAGAUUUUCCAUUUUAUACCGGCGAAUUUCUUUGUCGAAGAUAUCCCAACACCGGAACAAUUGUAUGGCAGCAAACAGAAGUCGGGAAAGAAAAUUUAA